GAGGCAGAACUAUCUCACCGCAGACACAGAAGCACAUUUCACUUCUACGGCAGACCAACACUCUCAGUCCAGCCCUCGCAGCAUUCUCAGCCGGCCUCGGAAAACAAAAACAGCGGUGCAGGACGCGUCCCGUUCUCCGGGAUCACACAAUUCCGCGCAGGAAUUGGUUUGCUUUUUUUUUAAUUCUACGGAACGUCUCCCCACCUUAGCACAUAUCUCUCAGAGAGGGGAUACAAGUUGUUUACAGUAGCAUAAUCCUGAAAGAUGGGUUCAUUCCCAGCGAUAACUGCCCUCGUCCUGGGCAUUGUGGUUCCAGCGCUGUCUGGAUACAUAGAGGCCCUAGCAGCCAAUGCAGGCACUGGUUUCGCUGUGGCUGAGCCACAGGUUGCCAUGUUCUGUGGAAAACUCAACAUGCAUGUGAACAUCCAGACCGGCCGCUGGGAACCCGAUCCAUCUGGAACCAAAAGCUGUGUAGGAACCAAAGAGGGUGUUCUGCAGUACUGCCAGGAGAUGUACCCAGAGCUGCAGAUCACAAAUGUGGUGGAGGCCAAUCAGCCAAUUCGAAUUGAGAACUGGUGCAAGAAGGAGAAGAAGGUGUGCAAAGGCCACGCCCAUAUUGUGGUGCCCUACAAGUGUUUAGUGGGAGAGUUUGUAAGCGACGUGCUUCUGGUUCCAGAGAAAUGCAAGUUCUUCCACAAGGAGGAUAAGGAUAAGUGCGUCAGUCAUCAGCAGUGGCACGGAGUGGCCAAAGAGGCCUGCGCCAAGAGCUCCACGGUGCUGCACAGCUACGGCAUGCUUCUGCCCUGUGGUAUCGACAAGUUCCAUGGCACGGAAUAUGUUUGCUGCCCUUCCUCUCACACUGGGGAGUCAGCACCUCCUUCCCUGCCCUCCCUGAAGGACGAUAGAGAAGAGGAGAUAGAGAAUGAGGAGAUAGACGUCCAGGAGGAGGAUGACGUCCUGGAGAACAGUGAAACGCCAGUUGAGGAGCAGCCCACACAAAAGGAAGAACCCCUGGAGGAGGAUGAAGAUGAGCAGGAGGUAGAUGAUGAGGAAGAGGAGUACCACUAUGACUAUGAGGAUGAGGAUAUGGAUAAGGAAGAAGAGGAAGAGAAGACAGAAAGCAGCAAAACAACAGAGAGCCAAGAUGAAGAGAAAACUCUGCAGGAAGUAAAAGCGGUGUGUUCCCUGGAGGCCGAGACUGGCCCCUGCCGUGCCUCCAUGCCCCGCUGGCACUUCGAUAUGCGCCAUGGGAAGUGUGUGCGCUUCAUAUAUGGGGGCUGCGCUGGCAACCGCAACAAUUUCGACUCAGAGGAAUACUGCAUGGCCGUGUGCAAGCGCCUGAUCGUGCCACCCACGCCUCAGCCCACUGACGACGUGGACAUCUACUUUGAGACCCCGGUCGAUGACAAGGAGCACACUCGCUUUCAGAGAGCAAAGGAGCAGCUGGAGAUUCGACACCGCAAUCGCAUGGAGAGGGUGAGGAAGGAAUGGGAAGAGGCAGAUCGCCAGGCUAAGAACCUGCCCAAGGCCGAGAGGCAGACACUGAUCCAGCACUUCCAAGCCAUGGUGGAGUCCCUGGAGGAGGAAGCUGCCAGUGAGAAGCAGCAGCUGGUGGAGACUCACCUUGCCCGGGUGGAGGCCAUGCUUAAUGAUCGCCGUCGUCUGGCACUGGAGAACUACCUGGCUGCCCUACAAGCUGACCCCCCAAGGCCUCAUCGCAUCCUCCAAGCCCUGAGACGUUACGUCCGUGCAGAAAACAAGGACCGACAGCACACCAUCAGACACUAUCAGCACGUCCUGGCUGUGGAUCCUGAGAAGGCGGCUCAGAUGAAGUCCCAGGUGAUGACCCACCUGCGUGUGAUUGAGGAGAGGAUGAAUCAGAGUCUCUCUCUGCUCUACAAAGUGCCCUACGUGGCCGAGGAGAUUCAGGACGAAAUCGAUGAGCUCCUGCAGGAGCAGAAGGCUGAUUUGGACCAGUUCCUGUCGUCAAUCUCUGAUUUACAGCCCGAUGUCACAGUGUCAUCUGAGGAGAGUGUGGAAGUCCCCAUGUCAGAGGGCAAACCUUACAGGCCCUUCCAGGUCUCAUCCUUGGGGUCCCGCUCUGAGCCUGAAGGCGAUUUUUCAGACCCCCCACGUUCCUUCAAAAAAGGCUCUGCCAUGUCUGGUUUGGAUGGCCUGAUAGGCGCCGAGGAGAGGAUCAUCAACAGCAAACCUAAGAUCAACAACAAUGUGGUGAUUGAUGAGUCUCUGGAUGUUAAAGAAGUGGUUUACAGUGCAGAGAGAGUCAGCGUUAUGCAUGAUGAUGAGCUGGAGACCUACCGUCCCUUGGGAGAGGAUUUCAGCUUCGGCAGCAGUGCAUUGAUUGGCCUGCUGGUGAUUGCAGUAGCCAUAGCAACUGUGAUUGUGAUUAGUCUGGUGCUUUUGAGGAAGAGGCAAUAUGGGACUAUCAGCCAUGGCAUCGUAGAGGUUGACCCCAUGCUGACACCAGAGGAGCGUCACCUCAGCAAAAUGCAAAACCACGGCUACGAAAACCCCACCUACAAAUAUCUGGAGCAGAUGCAGAUCUAGCCAAAGCCUAGAGAGGGCGCAGGAGAGCUGACUGACAAGAGGACAGCAACCAUGGGGGAACAUACUACUGACCAAUAACAUAUGACGCUAUUGUUACAAUUAUUUGCAUACAUUAAAACUCCACUUAACGGUUUGUUGAAAACAAUCCUGAAAUAAUGCUACUACUUCUACUACUGCUACAACUGUAAUAUAGAGCUCUUUUGAUCAUGUUUCUUUUGAAAAGCCGACCUGCCAUGUUUUUGUUUUGUUUCGUUUUUUUUUUCAUUUCAGGAACUGUGAUUUUGUUUAUCAAUACAGUUAUCAAGAUCAAGAUGUAUAUCAUUUAUUCAGAAAGUUUCUUUUUUACUUUUCAAGGUGAUAGCCAAAUCUAGCAAAAUGUAAAGUGGUUUUGAGUAGCCAUUAUCAAACCGUCACUCCAGGCACUACACUUUAUUUUUCCCAUCAUUCAAGUGUCCAGAGCAGUUUCUGAUUGUUUCUCAAAAAAAAUUGGUGUUUUAGAUGCAAUAGAUUGCUUGUAUAUGAAGGUUCUUUGUACCGAUUAAAAUGUAUAGUGAAACAACAAAUGAGAAAAAAAUGAAAUCAUUAGUUAUUUAUAUUAUGUUCUUUGUUACAAGACUAAAUAUACCGUUGAAAUUAUAUAUAUAAGAAUAUAUAUAUAAAUAUGAGAGUAGCUGUUUGUAUCCAUUUUCCCCAGAUAAAAGGAUAUGAGUUAAAUUAGGGUAAAAAAAAAAUGUAAAAAUUAAAAGUGUGCACAGGCCACCCAGCUCACACAGACUACUCAGAGCCCAAACCACCUGAAUAUCACAACAAGUUCCCUUCUACACAUACAUACAUGCUGUUACUAACAGAAAAGCAAACCAAUAGAUUUAAAUUGAUCACUGACUUUUGUGUGACAUAAUUGAAUGUAUUAGAAAAACUGGUUUUAAUGCUGUGUCAUAUGCUGUAAAUUGUGACAGUGGAUGAGAAGAUUUAAAAAAAAACAAUUUUAUGAAAAGUAUUUAAGGCAGAAAUAAACAACUGUAUUACUUCCAGAUGCUGAAUUCCUAUGGGGAAAUACAACAGUGGUAAACCAACGUUUAAGACCAGAAACCAUCCUGAUACAAAGCUCUUUAUUUACAGGGACAGGACUAGCUUAAGGAAAUUUAAAUAAAAGAGAGAAAAAAACAAUAUUCUCCGACUAUAGGAGAAUUGUUACCUUAACUACCACCAGUCAUACAGCACCAAACAGUCAGAUAGUCCAAAACAUGUCCACAGAUGCAAUAAACAUCUGCUUAGAACUCAUUAGGUCCCAAUGGGCCUAAGACUGAAAGUCAAACGCAAACAUUUUGCCGACUUCAGGGAUGCUGCAGUCAAUAACUGGGUUCACAUCAAUCAGUUAAUGCUGGAAUAUAAGACUGAAAGCUACUAAGGUUUAUGGAUUUGUUGCUGGAUCAAGAACAGUUGCAGGCAAUUUAGAGCUGGGGGUCUGUGCUAAAUGAUACAGAAAGCCAAGCAGGUUGCUGAAAUAUUACGUUUUGUUUUUUUCAGUAGAGAGUGACACAAAAUAAACUGAAUCCUCUUUUUUCUGUCUUUUCCCUAUCUCUACAUGUCUAUGCCUGUAUAGUUGAUGUGGCAAUCUUGGCUUUUUUUUUUUUGCCCUGGAGAAUUACCUGUGGUGUGCAUUGUACCUAUAUGAGCUGAUAUGGUGUAUAUUUUUAAGUUUGUUCGCUUUUUUUCUUCUCUCUCUCUCUCUCUCUCUCGCUCUCCUCCUUUCUCUCUCUUCCUGUGACAGUAUCUCUGUAUGUGACUGUCUCACUAUGCACCCAAACGGCUUCAACCUUGUAAUUGCCUGCUUGAUUGUGGGAGAGGAAACUAUAAAUAAUAUUGAUUUUUUUAAAAAAACAAAAUGAUUGACGCCAAUGGAAACAGAUUCACGGUGACAAGGGGAUACACUUCAAUAAACUCACAACUUCCA